AUGGCGGGUAGCAAUGAUUCGGACGCAGCAGCUGAGCCCUCCGCGUCCGCCGCUAACGAACCCGCGAGCUUCGACGCGGCUCCAGCCUCGUUUCAAGAAGCCCCAUCCGCGUUUCAAGAUUCCUCGUCAAACGCAGAUGGUGGAUCAAAUCAGGUGCCGGAAUCUUCCUCGCAGGGACCAACGGGGUCCUCCAUCGGACCUGACUCGGCGACGUAUACCGGCGAACCGGCAACAUUCAAUAACGAAUCUGCAACGUAUAACGGCGACUCGGCGACGUAUAAUAACGAACCUGCACCGUAUACCGGCGAAUCGUCGACCUACGGUACAGAUUCGUCGCAAGAUCAGAUCAGAGACGGAGGAGGAUCCGAAUCAGAUCCCAACCUUCCAUCGUCCUUAUCCGUCUCUUCCAGCCUCCCAGCGUCCCUAUCCGCAUCCUCCCCAUUUCCCGCCGUAAUUGCUCCCCAAGGAAUCAGCCCCGCUCCCUACCCUCCCCAGAACAUGGCGCUCUCUCAGCCUAGCCCGGGUCCGCAGGCCGUUCCUGUAACGAACGUGAUCUCUCCUUAUCAGCACUUUCCCGGAUCGUCGCCGGAUCAAUACCCGUCGCUUUUCCAGCAAUACCAGCCGUGGAACAGCCACGUGGGGGGGGCGUUCGGAAUGCCUCCGCUUCUCCCCGGCGCUCCGCAACAGUUUCCCCCUUCCUCCCCCCAGCAGUUCUCCCCCGCCCCCCCGCAGUUCCCCCCCGCUUCCCCCCAGCGAUUCGCCCCGCCCUCCCCGCAGUUUCCGCCAGGGUCCGCGCAGCAGUUUCCGCCGGCCUCCCUGCAUCAGUUCCCCCCAGCAUCUCCGCAGUUCCCCCAGGGCUCCGCGCAGCAGUUUCCGCCGCAGCAGUUUCCCCCGCAGCAGUUUCCGCCGCAGCAGAUGUUCGGAAUGGGGUUCGCGCGCGGACCCCCGGGGCAGUUUUCCCCUUCCCCCAAUUUCUCUCCGCCAACCAUGCCCGCGCAAAACGUUCCCCCCGGUCUGGGUGCGCAAGCCAUGAGUCCGCUGAUGGGUCCGCCAUCCGGUUUCGGCCCCCAUAACAUCCCCCGUAACGUGAGAGAGGAGCAGGUGGCUACCCUCGUCCUCUCCCCCCUCCCGUCUUCCUCACCUUCCUCCUGUCCUUGUUAUCCCCCCCUUCUUCCCUGUCCUCUUGCCUUCGGGUGUGAUCGCAUCCCAUACCCGCCUGUGAUCUCAACAACUGCAGGUGACAGAGGAGCAGCUGGCUACCCUCUUCCUCUCCUGUGGCCAGGUGAGUUUUCAGGUGCCUCGAAUCUUCAGGUGAACUUUCAGGUGCAUCAUACCAUCAGUUCCCACUUGAGAGUUCCCACGUACCUCUUAAGCCCGUGUCUCUGUCUAUCACAGGUGGUGGACUGUCGCAUCUGUGGGGACCCCAACUCGGUGCUCCGAUUCGCGUUUGUGGAGUUUACAGACGAAGAGGGGGCCAAGAACGCAUUGAGCAUUGCAGGGACUAUGCUGGGGUACUACCCGCUCCGGGUGCUGCCUUCCAAGACCGCCAUUCUGCCUGUCAACCCCACCUACCUCCCCAAGAGCCAGGAGGAGAGGGAGAUGUGUGCUCGCACUGUGUAUUGCACCAACAUUGAUAAGAAGGUCACCCAGGCAGACGUGAAGCUCUUCUUUGAGUCGCUCUGCGGAGAGAUAUCGCGCCUCCGCCUCUUGGGAGAUUACCACCACUCCACUCGCAUUGCUUUUGUUGAAUUCGUGAUGGCUGAGAGUGCCAUGGCUGCUCUAAACUGCAGUGGGGCCAUUUUGGGUUCUCUCCCCAUCAGGUCCGUUCCACACCUUCCUGCACCUCCCUGCACCUCCCCGCACCUCCCCGCACCACUUUGCGCCACUCUGUACUGCUCCACACCUCUCUGCACCCCUCUCCCAGGCUGA